AGCAACUUCUUUUUUAGCAGGGAAAACCACCCUCAAGGUGCCAGUGUGAAUCAUUCGCAAUGAUUUCUCCAGUGCUUGUCUUGCUCUCAGGUUUUCUGUGCCAUGUUGCUAUCGCAGGAUCAACUUGUCCCCAGCCAGAGGAGGUGCCAUUUUCCACGAUUACUCCAUUGAAAUCAUCCUAUGAGCCUGGAGAGCAGAUAGUAUACUACUGCCAGCCAGGCUAUGUGUCCCGGGGAGGGAUGAGAAGGUUUACCUGUCCUUUCAGUGGAACCUGGCCCUUGAAUACUCUGAAAUGUACACCCAGAGUGUGUCCUUUUGCUGGAAUCUUAGACAACGGAGCUGUACGCUACACAACUUUUGAAUAUCCCAACACGAUCAGUUUUGCUUGUAACCCUGGAUAUUAUCUAAAUGGAACUAAUUCAGCUAAGUGCACUGAGGAAGGAAAAUGGAGCCCCAAGCUUCCUGUCUGUGCUCCCAUAACCUGCCCUCCACCACCAGUACCUAAAUUUGCAACACUCAGAGUGCAUAAGCCAUCAGCUGGAAACAACUCCCUCUAUCGGGAUACAGCAGUCUUUGAAUGUUUGCCACAUCAUGCGAUGUUUGGAAAUGAUACAAUUACCUGCACAGCCCAUGGGAAUUGGACUGAAUUACCAGAAUGCAGGGAAGUAAAAUGCCCAUUCCCAUCAAGACCAGAAAAUGGAUUUGUAAACUAUGCUGCAAAACCAGUUCUUUUGUAUAAGGAUAAAGCCAUGUAUGGUUGCCACGAUACGUAUAGCCUGGAUGGCCCGGAAGAAGUUGAAUGCACCAAACUGGGAAAUUGGUCUGCCCAGCCAAGCUGCAAAGCGUCUUGUAAAUUAUCUGUUAAAAAAGCCACCGUGCUGUACCAAGGAGAGAGAGUAAAGCUCCAGGAAAAAUUUAAGAAUGGAAUGCUACAUGGUGAAAAAGUGUCUUUCUUCUGCAAAAAUAAAGAGAAGAAGUGCAGUUACACAGAGGAGGCUCAGUGCAUAGAUGGCACCAUUGAAAUCCCCAAAUGUUUCAAAGAACACAGUUCUUUGGCUUUCUGGAAAACGGAUGCGUGGGAUGUGAAGCCAUGCUGAUGUCAUAUUCCAAACUGAAGUGUUUCUGUGUGUUCCAAGGAACUUAGGGGAAGUGAAAAAAAUAAAUUUGCUGAAUUUAUUGCCUCCCCCAUUUCAGCAUCACUCAUCAUGGGAGCUCAUUUUUAGUUAUGUUAUUUGAUUGAGACACCCAUAGUCUUGGAAUAUCAUCAUUUCAUGGUGCAGAGUGGAAAAAGUUAUCUGGGAAACCCGGGGCACACCUGCUUACUCCCACUCGCAAGCAUUUUCACAUAAAACACCUAUAACACAGUAUUUUUUUAUAGACUGGUUCACAGACUCCCCCUCCAAUCAGCAUUCCCUGUUUACCUAUUACAAAAAAGUACCGUGUCCCAGAAUUUCUGAGGACAGCACAGAUAUCAGCAUUCAUAACAAUUCUCAGGUAGUUUUUAUGCUGUGUCAAGUUUAAGAAGCAUCAGGGGCUGGGGAUUUAGCUCAUUCCUGCCACCACCUGCCUCAUAAGCACACGGUCCUGAGAUCAAAUCCCAGUAACCCCCCCAAUAAAUAAAUAAGCAUCAUCAUGAAGAAAGAAGCAUGAGUUUCCAA